AAAGUCUUUCAAAAUGACAUUGAUUAUAGACAACAAAAAAGUUACCCAAAAUGUUUACUACUAGUUUAUAGUUCAUACAUUGUACUUAGACAUAACUCCCAUUGCUACGAACCAAAACACGUUUUCAUUUGAUUUUGGUAAAUUUUAAUUCGCAUAUUGACUAGAAUCAUCUUCAUAUAGUCUUUUUCCCCCACUAUACUAACAUUUCAUGUGUAAAUUUUUAUUCGCAUAUUCACAAGAAUAAUCUUCAUAUAUAUAGUCAUUUUCACACACUAUACUAACAUUUCAUGUGUAAAUUUUUAUUCGCAUAUUCACUAGAAUCAUCUUCAUAUAUAUAGUAAUUUUCCCCCACUAUACUAACAUUUCAUGUGUAAAUUUUUAUUCGCAUAUUCACUUAUAAGUUUCCUAAUUUAGCUAAUUGACUCAACGCUAAAAGAUUUUCAAUCCAUGUAUGGUCAAUUUAACAUUUUGACAUAUUCUAUAAAUAUGUAUAUCACACAUUCUAUUUCAAUAAAUAAAAAAAAAAACAGAGAAACAAAAAUGAAAUUCGGAAAAGAAUUUUCUUCACAGAUGGUAUCAGAGUGGCAACAAGCUUACGUGGACUACAAGUAUCUCAAAACCCUUGUCAAAGAUAUCAACCGUUUCAAACGCAAAACCAAUCCUCACGGCGGUGGCGGUUGCCGUCAGAUGAGCCCUUCUUCAACAGUGGUCGAGAUAGAGGAUGGAAUAACGACGGCGCCUAUUCAGGUGAGUUCAACGGCGAGUCAACGAUACGAGACAACGUUUUUGAUGACGGCUGAGAAAGGAGGAGAGUAUGAAUUGGUGUUUUUCCGGCGACUUGACGGCGAAUACAACAAAGUGGAGAAAUUCUAUAGAGAGAAAGUGGAUGAAGUGGUGAAAGAAGCGGCGGUGCUUAACAAACAGAUGGAUGCUUUAAUCGCGUUUAGGUUAAAGAUGGAGGAGGAAACUACGGUGGAGAUGACUCGUUUGGCCUCGCACGUCGCGCUUUCUCCGGCGGAGCUGGCCAAAAACACAUCUAUGAAAGUUCAUAUGGAGGCCAUAGAGGAAGGAGGUUCCAGUAGAGCUGGUCGACGAUCCGAUGAAGAUGACAAUUACACAGAUGAAGAAGAUCAUAAUGAUAUAUUCUUCACACCGUCCAAUGACCUGUGCAAGAUGAAAGCUUCAAGCCCGGUUUUGACCGGGGUUUUAGAUAGCAUCAAGAUCAACAACACGAAGGAAACUCCUCGGUCCACCACUAAAAGCCUUAUCAAAGUAUCAAACCAUACGGAGCUCAAAUUCAGCAAACAUAAUCUAAGGAAAAUUGAGGAGAAGCUAAUAUGCGCCUUUGUCGAGUUCCAUAGGAAGCUUUGGUAUCUCAAGAGCUAUAGCUUCUUGAAUGUGUUGGCGCUUACGAAGAUAUUGACCAAGUAUGAUAAGAUAACUUCGAGGGAUGCUGCUAAGCCUUACAUGACAAUGGUUGAUAAAUCUUGCCUUGGAAGCUCUGAUGAGGUUAUGAAACUGAUGGAGAAUGUUGAAGCUACAUUCAUAAAGCAUUUCACGAAUGGUAACAGAACAAAAGGAAUGAACAUCUUGCGACCAAAACCUAAAAGAGAGAGACAUCGACUAACAUUUUCAACAGGUUUCUUGGGUGGAUGCAUGUUUUCGCUCAUAGUGGCUCUUGUUGCUAUCGUACGCACCCGAAACAUCUUACAAGAUGAUGGCCAAAAACAAUACAUGAAUACGAUGUUCCCUCUUUAUAGCUUGUUCGGAUUCGUUGUGUUACACAUGACUAUGUAUGCUGCUAAUAUUUAUUUUUGGAGGCGGUAUCGAGUAAAUUAUUCCUUCAUAUUUGGUUUCAAACAAGGAACUGAACUUGGCUACAAACAAGUUCUCUUUGUGGGAUUCAGCAUUGGCGCUCUUGCUCUUCUCUGUGUUCUUGCCAAUCUUGACAUGGAAACAGACCCCAAAACCAAAGAUUACCAAGCAUUAACCGAACUUCUUCCUCUUUUCCUCCUCAUUGCUAUGUUCAUAGUUCUAGUCUUACCAUUCAAUAUCUUCUACCGAUCGAGUCGCUUCUUCUUCCUCACUAGCUUAAUUCACAUCCUUGCUGCUCCUCUUUACAAGGUGACACUACCCGAUUUCUUCUUGGCAGAUCAAUUAUGUAGCCAAGCGCAAACUCUUCGAAGCAUCCAGUUCUACAUAUGUUACUACGGUUGGGGUCAUUUCAAACAAAGGAAAAACACUUGUAAAGACUCACAAGUCUUCAAUACUUUCUUAUUCAUUGUUGCUGCUUUCCCAUUUUUUUCUCGCUUCCUUCAGGUACAAAAGAUUGAUCUCUACUAA